AUGCGUAUUACAGUGAACGUGAUAAGGCCGGACCAGGCCGAGCUCGAUCUCAUCCCGUUGGUGGUCGGUCCCGACAUGACAAUCGAACUCCUAAAAAGCAUCGUCCAAAGUGAAACUUCCAUCCCGCCCUCAUCCCAAAGACUUGUAUACAAUAACCAGUUACUCGGUGACGAUUCCAAGACCCUCGAACAGAUCGGCAUCGGGGAGGGAGACAUGCUGGGUGUUCACGUCACGCUACGUAGUCCGUCAACCCAAGCGCCACCUCCCCAGCAACUUCAGCGACGACAGCAGCAAACGAACCCCGAUCCCGAGAUGAUCCGAUUACACAUACUAGGCGAUGACCGUGUGCGCGACGCCGUGCGACAGCGAAAUCCCGAGUUGGCAGAUGUUUCUGAUGACCCUCAGCGUUUCCGGGAAGUCCUGCUCAACCAGCAGCGGCAGGAAUCCCAAAAAGAAGCAGAGAAAGAGGCUCGGAUUGCGAUGCUGAAUGCCGAUCCGUUCAACCCGGACAACCAGAAGGAAAUCGAGGAGAUUAUUCGGCAAAAUGCGGUGACGGAGAACUUGCAUAAUGCCAUGGAACAUCAUCCUGAAUCAUUUGGCCGCGUGACGAUGUUGUAUAUUCCCGUUGAAGUCAAUGGCCAUAAAGUCAACGCGUUCGUCGAUUCUGGCGCUCAGGUCACCAUUAUGUCGCCGGAUUGCGCGACCGCAUGCAACAUAAUGCGCCUGGUAGACUCACGCUAUGGAGGUAUCGCAAAGGGUGUAGGAACAGCGAAUAUCCUCGGUCGAGUACACUCGGCUCAGAUCAAGAUUGGCGAGAUGUUCCUACCGUGCUCUUUCACCGUCAUGGAAGGAAAACACAUCGACCUUCUCCUCGGACUAGACAUGUUGAGACGACACCAGGCCUGCAUUGAUCUAAGGAGAGGAGCGCUCGUAAUCCAGGACCAAGCCGUCCCAUUCCUCGGAGAAGCAGAGAUCCCCAAACACCUCUUGGAAGAGUUCGAAGAUGAGCCCACCAUCAAGGGAGCCGACGGCGCCGAGAUUGGUGCUCGAACAGGAGCAGUGACGCAUCAAGCCGGUAACCAAGGACCCAGCGCCAGCGCUAGUGGUGCAGGUCCUAGCUCGGCCCCAACGGCAUCCUCAUCGUCCCGCCCAGCCCCCGUACAGACACAGUCGUCCCGCUGGCCCGAAGCCUCCAUCGCGAAGAUCACGGAACUUGGGUUCACACGCGAGGAAGCCACGCGAGCACUGGAGGCAGCUAACGGUGACCUAGACGGGGCCAUUGGAUUCCUGAUAUGA